AUCAUCUCACCUCGCAAGGAUGUGGGUUGAGUCUGUCCUUCCAGCAAGGCUGGAAAUCAGCCUUUCUUGCGUCAAGUGAGAAGAGAAAACGUUUUUUUUUAUUGAAUACUUUCUUUCCUUUUUUUUUCAUUUAUAAAUACGGUUCGCUCCUCUCAGGCGCACGCAAAGUUGCUCGCUUGAGUUGUGUUCUACCUACCCCUCAUCCAUCCAUCAAUGCACACUCACUUGGUGUGACUUUCGCCUCCUUGAGACAUAGCAACCAUUGACAUCUAAAUCCGUCCUUUCACCAACCAUGGCUCUCACAGCUCCUUGGAAGUGGCAGGGCUACGUAUGGGCGUGUCUCUGGUCCUCGCUCGUCAGCAUGCUGUUCGGUCUUGAUACAGGCAUCAUAGGUCCAAUCACCACCAUGGCGGCCUUCACCGGCCGCUUCGGCGACUUGAGCCCGACGAUACACGGUCUCGUCGUCUCCUGCCACCUUCUUCCCGGUGGUAUCAUGGCGGCAUUUGCGGGUGGGCUGUCGGACUACUUUGGGCGCGAGACACUCGUCACGGUCGGCGCGCUGGUCCACGCCGCCGGCAUGCUGAUCUGGGGCUCCUCGGUCAACCUGGCCAUGGUCGUGGUGGCGCGCGUCAUCUGUGGCAUAGGGUUGGGCCUGUUCAUCAGCAACAUAUCCGUCUACAUCGUCGAGGUCUCGCCCACGCGUGGCCGUGGCGUCAGGGCCGCCAUGGCGCAGUUGCUCCUCACGCUCGGCCUCGUCAUCGGCUUCUUCAUGUGCUACGCCCUGAUCGCCGAGCUGGACCCGGAAAGCGAGUGGACGUGGCGCACGCCGCCGUACGUCGUGGCCGGGCUCGGGGUCGUGUUUGGCGGGGCCGUGUGGACGCAGCCGCCGUCGCCGAGGUGGCUGUCAAUCCGCGGCAGGUUGGACGAGGCGCGGCGGGUCAGCGAGAAGCUCGGGCUGGAGGCGUUUGGGCCCGACAAGAGCGCGGCGGACGCCGGCGGGGCGACGGCCGGCCCGGGCGCGUUGACGCUCAUGGGCGCCAUGUCGCAGACCUUUAGGGGGUUUCGCCUUGCUUUCUCCGGGCCGUACCGCGGACGGUCCGUCUUUGCGUGCUUCGUGAUGACGGUGCAGCAGUUUAGCGGUAUCGAUGGCGUGCUGUUUUACGCGCCCAAGCUCUUCGAGUCGGCCGGGUUCGCCGAGGCCCAGACUUCCUUCCUCGCCUCGGGCAUCUCGGCCAUCUGCAUCAUGGUCUCGACCAUACCGGCCACGCUGCUGGCGGACCACUGGGGCAGGCGCACAGCGACCAUGUGGGGAGGCGUCGCCAUCGCCGUCGAGAUGGUGGUCAUGGCGGCCGUGUAUUUUGCCGGCCAGGGCGAGUCCGGAGGAGGGAGGUGGGUGGUCAUUGUCAUGAUUUACCUCUUCGCUGUCACUUUCAGCGUCACCUGGGCCGUCUCCUUGCGCAUCGGCGUGUCGGAGAGCCUGCCAACCGGGACGAGGAGCAGUGCCAUGGCGUUGGCGCAGAGCUGUAACUGGGCCGGCAAUUUCACAAUCGCGCUCGUCACGCCCAUCCUGCUGUCGGCUUCGGUGGGAGGGACUUACCUCUUCUUUGGCAUCUGCACCAUACUGGGCACGGCCAUCAUGUACGUCCACAUGAUCGAGACCAAGGGGACGCAGCUGGAACGAAUCGACGAGCUGUACGUGAGCAGAAAGGCCGAGCGCAGGACAGAGGUUGAGAAUGCGCGUGGCGUGGCGGAGAAGACGAGGUUGAGACUCACGCCGUUGGACCUGCGCGACAACAAUACAAAUGAAGGCCAGGCCAUGUCGGAAUAUGUGACGCCCCCGAUGCUGGCGAGUGGGCGAGAUUCUGCGGCUUGAAGUGUCGCAUAAUGGAGUGUUUUUUUGUCGGAACAUUCCUCGGUUAACGACUUCGGAAACCGUCCCACUUUCCGAUGUUCAUCUUGGAAGUUUAAGAGUGCUUCUUUUGCGUCCAGUGUGGGGAGUUAUUAUACAAAACACCCAGCACCCAAGGAUGCAAAGGGCUAUUCGUUAUGGCGUUUUGCCAAACCAACCUACAUACAAUUGGGUUGCUAAUGUCCCUGGAAAGGAUUUGGAGAUGGAUUGGAAGUUGGGAGAAUUAUCAGUUGACAGGAUAAGAAAAGAAAGCCUGUGCUGCCGGAGGCCUGUGCUGUUUGGGCAAAUUUUCUGAGGGAGAAGGAAACGACUGCUUAGGGUACAUAAGCCACUUUGUUUGGGACUUCUUUCGCCUUCGGGCAUUUGGUCAAUUUGAAACGAUACAGAGAAGAUUAGCAUGGCCCCUGCACUAAGGAUGACACGCUCAAUCAAAGAGAAGCUCAAUAUUUUUUUGGCA